CGGAGCCGCCCCUCACGCGCCUGCUUCCUCGCGCUCCCUCAUGGCGCGCCCUCGGCGCUGCCGGGCGGUGCGGGCGCUGCUGCGGAGCUGCUACGCGGAGCUGCUGCCGCUGGAAGCCUUGGUCCGGCGCCUGCAGGCGGCCGCUCCCCCGGGAGCCCCGCCUCAGCCUCUGCUGCAAGACGGCGACCCCAAAGACUACCGCGCCUUGGUGGAGCGGUGCCUCGUGGGGCGGGCGGCCGGGGCCAGGGCUCCUCCUCCGCUGCUCACCUUUCAGCAGGUUUCCAGUCAGGAGGAUGUCGUGGCAAGAGUCGUUCAGAGAAUCUGUGAAAAGAAGAAAAAGAAUGUCCUGGCGUUUGGCUACGGACCCUUGAAUGAGAAUAACCGCCAUCUUCCCUGCAUGCCAAAUAUCUGCAGCUACCAGCGUAAUAGCACAACAGAAUCCAUUCGCCAAAGUGUUCUCUGGGAAAUAGUCCUGAGCAGAGUUGGAGAUGAUAUCAUGAUGUACAUACUGGAACACUGUUCUCUCUUCAUGCUUGUGCCUCCCAGUUGCUGUUACCAAAUUUGCGGCCAACCCAUCUACGAACUUGCUUUAAGAAGCGCAAAAACCUCUCCUGAGUUCUUCAGGCAGAGAUAUCCCAGGCCGGCACCCAGCAUCUUAUCUAGCUACCUGCGAGGAAGGCUUCGGCCUUGUGGGAAAUACCUCGCGAAGGCAAACGGGGGGAGAUGGAACUCUAGGAAGCAAAGAUGGCGCAGAUCACAAGAAGCUGUAGGCGGUGACUCCCAGCAGCCUUUGAAGGUUCAGAGAGCUGCCAGGCUGAGCUCUACAGCAAAUGAACUGGUUACAAGGUCCAGUGACUACCUAGAGGACCAGCCAGGCCCCAAACACUGCCUGUGUUUAACAGCACCGCCUCGUAAAAGGAAAUGGGAGGACUGUUAUGAAAUUAGCGCUAAGAGAAAGAAAACCACACAGACGGACGAGGGGCUGGGAGAAGAAACAAGAAACCCAGUUCCCACUGAACGCAAAAAACAAAUAAUUCUGGAUGGUGGGGGGGAUGCAUCUAGAGGGUGUGUAAGGCCAAUUUCAGAGGAACAGGUAGUUUUCGUAAAGCCUGUUGCUCAGAGAAGUGAACUUGGAGCACAAACCUCGGAUUGCACAGCUCCUGAUAAUCCAGAAGUUUUUUCGUGUGGUCCUGCACAAAGUACGGAGAGCAAAACACUGUGUGGAUCUAGUACCAAAACAAAACCUCGCACUUCGGUGCCAAAGGUAGAACCUAGCAUUUUUGAUUAUUGCUCAGUAAAGCUUGUGAACGCCUCUGCUACAGACAGAGGCCUAAGAACAUCCAAACCAGCUCAGGAGUUUUCUGAUAGGAUUUCUGCUCCUGCCGUGCAGAUUGAAAGACGCUCUCUCUUGUAUUCUUGCCGCCAGCUGAAAGAGCGUCUACCUAAAUCAUUUGUGCUGAACCGCUUAAAGGGCUAUCCGGCAGGCGGCUUGCGGCUUGUGGAAGCCAUAUUUUUGAACAGCAAGAUUCCAAAGCAGCCGGGCGAAUCAAGUCUUCCAGGUUACAAUAGGAAAAAGAAGCGACUUCCAAAACGCUACUGGCAGAUGAGAGGCGUCUUCCAGGAACUGUUGCGGAACCACACAAAGUGUCCUUACCUAACAGUGUUAAGAAAUAAUUGUCCCAUUUGGGAGUUGGACAAAAUUGGCCCAGGAAGUUGCGAGCAAAACGUCUGUCGAGAGGGUCAAAGCUUGCCAAAGACAUGGCAGGCGAACGCCACAGAAAAUUGCCCAAGAAGGAUAUCGGGUGUUUUAGGUCCAUUCUCAGGUGCUUCCUGUAGAAGCUUUGAAAAAGCUGAGUUGCAUCAAAAAGGAACUGAAAUGCGAGCUCCCCAAGUCUCCCCCAGUUCUGACGUCACAGUGUUCCUUAAGCAACAUAGCAGCCACUGGCAAGUGUACACUUUUGUGAGGGGCUGUCUGGAGACAGUGGUCCCUGCUGGGCUCUGGGGUUCUAACCAUAACAAAUGCCGCUUCUACAAGAAUGUAAAGCAGUUUAUCUCUCUGGGGAAGUUUUCCACGUUUUCGUUACGGGAGCUGAUGUGGAAAAUGAGAGUCAACGAUUGCGCUUGGCUUCGUCUGACCAAAGAACUCAGGCGUUUUGUUCCUGCCUCCGAACACCGUUUCCGUGAAGAUCUGAUGUCCAAAUUCCUGUACUGGCUGAUGAACUCCUUCGUUGCAGAACUGCUGCGCUCCUUCUUUUAUAUCACGGAGACUAUGUUUCAAAAGAACAUGCUUUUUUACUUCAGAAAGGCUGUUUGGAGGAAGUUGCAGAGGAUUGGCAUUAGAAGUCAUCUGGCCAAAGUGCAGCUUCGUGCCUUAUCAAAGGAGGAGAUUGAAAUUCUGCAGCAGAAAAAGUGUGUCCCCCUGGCAUCGAAACUCCGGUUCAUCCCCAAAGCGAAUGGGCUGCGUCCCGUGGUCAACCUGAAUGAUGUUGUAGGUGCUGAAGCAUUCUGUAGAAAGAGCAGAGACCAAAAGGUUCAGUACUUCAACAAACAACUUAAAAACUUAUUUAGUGUCCUUAGUUAUGAAAGCACCAAGAACCCAAUUUUGCUUGGCUCUUCUGUGUUCGGAAAAGAUGAUACUUACGCAAUAUGGAAGAAGUUUGUUUUGAAGGUUUUAGAGUCAAACUCUGAAAUGCUGAGAUUCUACUUUGUGAAGGCUGAUGUCACGGGAGCUUACGAUACCAUUCCCCAUAAUAAACUGAUAGAAGUAAUUUCACAAGUCCUCGCUCUGGAGAGAGAGACCAGUUACAACAUACGCCGCUAUGCAGUGAUCAUGAGGACCAGAAAUGGACUUAAGAGAAUAUGCUACAGGAGACAUGUAUCUGUUUCCAGUGAGUUUAAGCCUGAUAUGAAACAGUUUCUGUGUCAUCUUCAAGAGAGCACCUCACUGCGGAAUGCAGUAAUAGUUGAGCAGGGUGUCUCUUUGAGGGAAAACAAAUCCAGCCUCUACGAGUUCUUCUUGCAGUUGAUCCACCAUAGCAUUCUGAAAAUUGAGAAGAGGUACUAUGCCCAGCGCUGUGGAAUCCCCCAGGGCUGCACCUUGUCAACCCUGCUAUGCAACCUCUGCUAUGGAGACAUGGAGGACAAGUUGCUGCGUGGUGUGCAGAGAGAUGGGGUGCUGAUGCGAUUGACAGAUGACUUUUUGCUUGCCACGCCUCAUUUGACAGAAGCAAAGGCAUUUUUAAGGACUCUGGCCAUGGGCGUUCCAGAAUAUGGCUUUGUUAUAAACCCAGGAAAGACAGUAGUGAAUUUUCCAGUUGAUAAAGAUAUCCCGGGAUGUUCAGCAUUCAAACAAUUACCAGCUCGCACUGUAAUCCCAUGGUGUGGAUUGUUAAUUGAUACACAGACCCUUGAAGUUUAUUGUGAUUACUCCAGAUACGCCUGCACAUCUAUCAGGUCAAGCCUCUCUUUCAACUCGAGCAACAAAGCCGGUGUCAGCAUGAGAAAUAAACUGCUAGUAGUCCUGCAGCUGAAAUGCCACAGUUUAUUUUUAGAUUUACAGAUCAAUAGCCUCAGGACUGUCUGUAUUAAUAUCUUCAAGAUCCUUCUGCUGCAAGCCUACAGGUUUCAUGCGUGUGCCCUCCUGCUUCCUUUUAACCAACAAGUUAGAAAUAAUCCCAGUUUCUUCCUGGCGAUAAUCUCUGACACUGCCUCAUGUUGCUUCUCUCUACUAAAAGCCAAAAAUGCAGAUAUACCUUUUUCUCCUGCUGGUGGUUCAGCGCCGCUUACAUACAAAGAUGUGCAAUGGCUCUGCUAUCGUGCCUUCAGUGUGAAAUUAGGAAAUCACAGAGUUAUUUACAAAUGUCUUCUUGUACCACUCCAACAAUGUAAGUACCUCUCCGCUUCAUGCCAAGACAUGCAAAUGCUGUUCAUGUCUCUUAAUUUUCCUUUCCAACUAAAAACUGUUAAGUUUAUUCUUGAAGUGACUCUUUAAUUUAGUUUCUGUUAUCAUUAUUCUUGACAAUGCGGGGCUGGGAGUAGGGAAUAACUACGGAUGCUUUUGAGAAAUUAGGAUAUCGAUGGGUAGGAAAAUGCUGGAACGGGUGACUCUCAACUUAGGCGGGCGUUAUGUUCCGGGGAUAGCGCAUAAAUUGUGUAUAGUCAAAACACAUUGGGUUCAACGGCGAGUGGGACUGCCAAAGUCUUUCCUCACCCCCAGCCCCCCGAAAGCCCGUCCCCUUUAAAAAAAAUUUUUAAAUGUGAAGCUGAAUGCACUAAGUUGCGAGUUUUCUGAAGAAGCCUAAUGUCUUCUAAGUCAUUUGAAAUAUUUAUAGACACAAUUAUAGUGCCUUAAAGAUAUGUGGAUUUUAUGAUGUCAAGCUGAUACUGCUCUGAUUGGGGCAUCUUAUCUGUAUAGUCACUGGCAUAGUUCUUGCAAUAAAAGCUAAUCUGUUAUACAUAUUUGAGAUUCUCGAGGGCAUUGAACUACUUUUAAAGAGCCUUGUUGCAGAUUUGAGCCAUAUAAU